UGACAAUUUCACAACAACGUCAACACAACAACACAACACACACUUUUUUGGCAACUUCUUGUUUUAUUUUACUCUUUUCUUAAAUUAAUAAUAUGUUGCUAUCCAUGAUUUUGUUAAAUUUUGUGUUAACUUUAUCAGCAAAAAGUGAAAAUGUGACUGAAAAACAGGUAGUUCAAUCAGUGGAUCCUUCCAAAACUUCCGUUAAAGUACAUACCAUGACCCUUCUGACUGAAGGUGGCUCUGUGGUGGCUACUUCACCAGUCGCAAGUUUACCCAACGAGAAUAGUUCCGUUCUCUUGAGUCUUGAACAAGAGUUCACGAGUAAAAAACAAAAACCUGUGAAAGCACGAAAAGGGGUCGACAAACUUUCCAGUCCUUCGGAAGAGGUGCCGCCCGAUGAAAUGGCUAUUGCUAAGAAAGACCAAGAGACGCGUGUAUCAUCAACCCAAGGAUUAAACACGUCCACUACUGUGGCUACUAAAUAUAACCUUACUACCACUAUAAAUACUACGGCAAAACUUGAACCAAAAGAAGUUAAAGUAGAGCAUGUGAAAAAACCAACAAUAUUGUCUUAUGAUGAACUAUCAAAGGAUGAAGAGAAUGUGGGUGCCAAAAUAACACUGAGUAAAGCAUCUGUAGACCCUGUUGUAGCUGAUCAGAUGCCCUCUCCCAACCAUACUCCUGGGAAGAUAGCUCACUUGGCCGCUACAAGUAGGAACCCCAACAUGGUCACACCGAUUGUUAUUACAAUCCUGGUGGUGCCGGUGUUUGCUGUGCUUGGGUACAUGGCAUUGAAGCAUGGCAAGGAGGCAUGGAAAAACAGACAUUACAAAAGAAUGGACUUCUUGUUAGAUGGGAUGUACAAUGAUUAAAUGUCAAUUAACGUGGUUGUGACAAAUUAUAGCAUAGGUUUGGUGCACAGUGCCUAUAAUAAUAACACUAGUACAGUAUAAAGUAUACUAAAUGUAACCUACCAGGCAUGGUUUUAAAUUAGGUUUCUACUGUAGAAAAAUAAGUAUAAUAAUACUAAGAAUUUAAUUUUGAUACUCAAAGUAUUAGGUUCUAAAAGUCUCCACAUUGAGGGCAUUUCAGGGUAGCUGCUCUGCUAAAUAUUAUAAUGAGAUUUAUAAUCUUUGAUAUAAUAAAACAAUAUAUUAUUAUAUUUCUGGACUGCAUUUUGAUAUUGAA